AUGGCGUGGCCCAUGAUACUUCAGUGUCUACCCAUCGCCAUUCUCCUACCCUGCUUGUGUUGGUUGCCAGAAAGCCCUCGGUGGUUGGUCAUCCAAGGUAGAGACGACGAGGCCAGCCGUAUCCUCAAGAAACUACACGCACCCGACGAAGCCGAGCACGAACUCCUACAGAUUAAAGCGCAGGCCGAGAUUGAGCACCGCCUCGACAGCUCCUACCGGGCUCUAUUCACGAAGCCAAGUUAUCGCAAACGAUGUAUCUUGGCCUUCAUCACCACCGUGUCGAUCCAGUUUUGCGGUCCAAUCUUGAUCAACAAUUACGGCCCAACUAUUUACAAAAGCUUGGGCUUUAGGGUCACGAAGCAAUUUUUGUACCAGUGCGGGUGGCUGACCCUUGCCUUUGGCGGAGGUCUACUCUCACUUUGGGUGGUGGACACUAUGUCCCGUCCUGUCCUUCUCGCAGGCGGUAUCACAGGGCCUCUCCUAUGUCUGUCUAUCGAAGCGGCUCUUGUCGCCACAUACGCAACCUCGCCUGAAUCCCUGGCCCACCCUAACGAUGCUGCCUUGCAAGCUGCGGUUGCAAUGUUCUACAUCUACAUCGUUAUUUUCGAAUCUAGCCUGGACAGUGGCCAAUUUGUCUACCUUGGAGAGCUGUUUCCAACUCAUCUCCGGGCCAAGGGCAUUAGUUUCGGUGUUGCCGGCGUGAAUCUAAUCAACAUCGUGUGGCUCCAAGUUGGACCGACCGCAUUUUCAACUAUUUGCUGGAAAUUCUACCUCGUUCUCAUCAUUCCUGGUAUGGCCUUUGCCACAUUGAUAUUCUUCUGGUUCCCGAACACACGUGGCAUGCCUCUUGAAGAAGUUGCGGAACUAUUUGGUGACGAAGUCAACCACGCAAGUGCACAAGUUGUGGAUGAGGAAGGAGAAUUGAAAGGGAGAGGAGACCGCCUGCUAAAUGUCCAGGAGCCAGAUACAGUGGGAGCACAAAGCUCUCCAGUCAUCACGAAGAAGUGA